AUGCGUACGGCUACUUCUGUGGUGCUCAUGGUGUGGACGACUGUCCUCCUGGUGCUCUGCUUCCUCAACGCCCCAUUGAUCGGCGCAGGCACGCCCGCCGUCUCCGAGGUGCUCGACCUCUGGUCCAGCGCCUUUCGCUACACUCGCGACGAUGUCAGCAUGACCUAUCAGCCCAUGGCCAGUGAGCCGGCUACGGAGAAGUACGUCAGAGGCCAAGUGGACUUUCUGGCGCUCGACUGUGGUAUUCCCAAAGAAAUCCUCAACUUCUACGGGCUUGCUCAGUUCCCGCUUGUGGGGCAGGCCCUGGUGAUGGCCUACAACAUCCCCGCCCUCUCGGCCUCCGACCCCAGCCUUGUGAUGGACAGGCAGACGUUGGGGCUGAUUUGGGCCGGCAACAUCACCAUGUGGAACGACACCCGCAUCAAGGACCUGAACGGCCCCAUCGCCAACAAGCUCCCGGGGGAGAAGAUUCACAUGGCCUACAACGAGGGCAACAACGUCUCGCUGGCCGAGGUCAUGAAGAUAGCCCUGGAGAAGUUUAGUCCCGAUUUCCAGGCCGCGCUGGAGCGGGCCAAUCGCUCGUGGAGUCUGCUGCCGCCGGCCCUCGAGGGCCGAUCAAACGAGACUGGCGUGUUCGACGAGGACAGGCUGCAGUUCCUCACGGAUCAGCCCAACAGUCUGACCUACGUGAGCCUGCCCGCAGCGGUCAAUGCCAACGCCAGGUAUAUGGACAUGUACAAUCGGGCCAACAAAUUGGUCAAGCCCUCCACUACGUCGGUACAGGCGGCCAUGUCCACCUUCACCACGCAGAUCAGCGACGGCGAUUUCACGGUCAACAUCAUCGACGCCAACGGCACCGAUUCGUGGCCGCUGUCCUACAUGAUCUACGUGACCCUCCUUCAGGAUACCUACUCCCAGGAGUGCUCCAACGUUCAGGACCUGAUCGAGUUCGUGGCCUGGAUUCAGACCAAUGACGCUGUGAACUUUGUGCCGCUGGACGUGUCCCUGCGCAAGGGCGUCAUCGACGCUCUGUCCACGAUGAAGUGCCGCGGCCAGCUGGCCUUCACUUCGGCCUACCUGGUCGGGUCGGGCACCGGACUCUCGCUGUUCACCGCGUGGAGCGUCGCACGGGCGUCGUCGACCAGCAAGAUGAAGUACUAUGAAUCGUCUUCGGACGAAGCCAAACGGCAGCUCACCAACUACGAUCUGCACUACGGAGCCACCAGCAACGGACUAUCGACCGAGUGGAUCACACAGAUGCCCGACGUCGAGCUCAUGCCCUCGGCCGUCUACGCCCUGGUGCCUGCCUACAAUGUGCCGGAGCUGACUGACCUCCAGCUGGUGCUGAGCUUUGAGGUGAUCGCCGCGAUCUACGAGAAUCGGCUGACCAUGUGGAAUGACCAACGUAUCAAGGACCUCAAUUCCGCGAAUGUAUCGAACGCCCUGCCCGACGAGCCCAUCGUCGUUGUCACCACCUCGGCCGUUUCCGCGCGCACCCAGCUCUUCACCACCGCCCUCAGCCGCAGCGUGCCCGAGUUCACGGUCGCGCCAGGCCCGACUGCUACGUUCCCAGUGCAGAGCGCGGCAAAUCGGUCGGUUGUGACCACCGAGGAGAGUGAAGGUCUGGCCGCACUCACUGCUCACGAUUACUCGUUUGGGUUCUGGACCGGCUACGAAGUGAAGCUUUCGCGCAGCCUCGGGUCGGCGUCCCUCAUCAACACAGCGCAAAAGGUGGUCAGUCCCACGGAGGAAUCUCUCCGCAGUGCGCUCAGCGACUACAUUCCCAAGGUCGAUGGCGUGUCUGCGGCGGCCGCCCCUACCUACGAGGACCUUCUUCUCGGCGGAUCGGCUGAGAGCUGGCCGAUUGCGGCGUUCGGCUCGUUUAUCUAUCGCUCGUCGACCAUGCAGGACUGCUCCAAAGCUAAGGCGGUCGCCAGCUUCUUCUAUUGGAGCCAGGCCGACCCCACUUCAGCCGCGAUCGUCAAAGGACAAUUCCUGGGCCAGCUCCAGCGCUUCACGUGCAACGGCGAGCCGGUGAGCGACGUGUACCACUGCAUCAACGAGAACCAGCUGUGCACGGACGUGGGCGAGUGCGUCGAGAACGCGUGUGUGUGUCCGACCGAUCGAGAGGGCAAGUACUGCCAAACCGUCAAGUCCGGCGACGAUGACGUCCUCGCCCCCAUUCUCGGCGCGACCAUUCCUGUGGCGGCGCUGGUCUUCUUGUGCCUGGUGGCUCUCAUCGUCGCGCUGGUGGUGAUCAUCCAGCGCAAGGGCAACAAGACCGACGACUGGGAGAUCAACUACAGCGAGCUCGAGGUGGGCGAGCACCUCGGAUCGGGAGGCUUCGGCGAGGUGCACCGGGCCACCUGGAAGGGUACCGAGGUGGCCGUCAAGGUCAUGGCCUCGGACAGAAUCACCCGCGACAUGGAAAAGAGCUUCAAGGACGAGGUGCGCGUGAUGACUUCGUUGAGGCAUCCCAACGUGGUGCUGUUCAUGGCGGCUUCGACCAAGGCGCCCAAGAUGUGCAUCGUCAUGGAGUUCAUGACCCUCGGCUCGCUCUACGAUCUGCUCCAUAACGAGCUUAUCCCCGACAUUCCAAUGGCGCUGAAGGCCAAGAUGGCCUACCAGGCCUCCAAGGGCAUGCAUUUCUUGCAUUCCUCCGGCAUCGUGCACCGCGACCUCAAGUCGCUCAAUCUGCUGCUCGACUCCAAGUGGAACGUCAAGGUGAGCGACUUUGGCCUCACCAAGUUUAAGGAGGAGGUGCACAACAAGGGCGGCGGCAAGGACAUCGCCGGCAGCGUCCACUGGACCGCACCCGAGAUCCUCAACGAGGCGCACGAUGUCGACUUGAUCUUGGCCGACGUGUACGCCUUUGGCAUCAUCCUGUGGGAGCUGCUGACCAGAGAGCAGCCCUAUCUCGGUCUCAGGGACGGUAUCAGGCCGCAGAUGCCCGAGACACCCGGAACGUGCCCGCAGGAGUACGAAGAGCUGAUCACCAGCUGCUGGCACCAGGACCCCACCAUCCGCCCGACCUUCCUCGAGAUCAUGACCCGCCUGUCGGCCAUGCAUGGCGACUCGACCUCGGGCGGCAUGACCUCCUUCACCUCCAAGACCUCGACGUCAUCGUCCGGCGACUCGGGCGGCGACAGGAAGAAGACACAGAACAUCUACGGCUCGUGGACGCUGCCCUCCACCAAUGGCUCGACGUCGACCGGUUCGUCGUCGUCAUCCAACGCCUCCAAGAAGCUGUCGGCGGUCCAGGCGGCUGCCGGCGGCGGAGUGCGCCCGCCCGAGGGCGAGGUGGCGAUCGUGUUCACCGAUAUCACGCGCGCGGCAUCGCUGUGGGAGUUCAGUGCAGCGGGCAUGCGCGACGCCACACUGCUGCACAACGAGACGCUGCGCGCCGCGCUCAAGCGACACAGCGGCUACGAGGUGGUGUUCCUGCGCGACCGCAACAGCGGCGAGGGCUCCUUCUGCAUGGCCUUCCAGACCGCGGCCGACGCGGUGGCCUGGUGCUGCGACGUUCAGAAGGCGCUCCUGGCAGUCGACUGGCCCGACACGCUCCUCGAACACCCCGGCGCGGCCGAGGAGUGGGGCGACACUGACGAUCGAGUGUUGUUUAAGGGGCUGCGGGUGCGCAUGGGCAUUCACGUGGGCACGCCAAAGACGGUGCGCGACCCGAUGACCCGGCGGGUGGAGUACAUCGGCCCGGUGGUCAAUGCCGCGGCGCGCAUCACGGCGAUGACCCAUGGCGGUCAGAUCCUGAUGAGCCACGCGGCCCAUCGCAUGCUGACCAGGGGCAACGGCAGCGCCGAGGCGUCAGCUUCGCCCGUCGACAAGAAAAACAUCGUGAAGCUGGGCACCUUCGAGAUGCCUGACGCCCCCAACGGCUCAACGCUCUACGAAGUGAAGGUGCCCGAGCUCGAGGGUCGCUUCUUCGGCGGUGUCACGGCCGACGACGAUAACAACACCCCGUCGAGCGGCAGCGACGACCACCGCGAGGGCACCACCGAGGGCGGCGCGUCGAGCAGCCCCAGCGACGAGGAUGACGGCCGGGGCGCCCGCGUGGUGCAGACCAUGGUGGGCGAGGGCAUGAUGUUCAAGGAGGACACGUUCCUCACGUCGGCCAACCUGUGCCGGUGGAUCAUCGACUUCGCCGAGAUCCAGGUGGGCAAGCAGGUGGGCCUCGGCUCCUACGGCGUGGUCUACCGCGGCAAGUGGAAGGGCGUCGAUGUCGCCAUCAAGCGCUUCAUCAAGCAGAAGCUCGAUGAGCGCCGCAUGCUCGAAUUCAGGGCCGAGAUGGCCUUCCUCUCCGAGCUCCAUCACCCUAACAUCGUCCUCUUCAUUGGCGCCUGCGUGAAGAAGCCCAACCUGUGCAUCGUGACCGAGUUCAUGAAGCAGGGCAGUCUCAAGGACAUCCUCUCCAACAACGCCAUCAAGCUGACGUGGAAGCAGAAGCUGCGUCUCCUGCGCAGCGCCGCAUUGGGCAUCAACUACCUGCAUUCAUUGCAUCCCGUGAUCGUCCACCGCGAUCUCAAGCCAUCCAACCUUCUCGUGGAUGAGACGUGGAACGUGAAGGUGGCCGAUUUUGGCUUUGCGCGGAUCAAGGAGGAGAACGCGACGAUGACCCGCUGCGGCACGCCCUGCUGGACCGCGCCGGAGAUCAUCCGCGGCGAGAAGUACGACGAGCGGGUCGACGUGUACUCGUUCGGCGUCAUCAUGUGGCAGGUGCUGACCCGCCGCGAGCCCUACGCCGGCCGCAACUUCAUGGGCGUGUCGCUCGACGUGCUCGAGGGCCGCCGGCCGACCAUUCCCAACGACUGCCCGCAGGACUUCCGCAAGGUCAUGAAGAAGUGCUGGCACGCCGACCGAGACAAGCGGCCGCUCAUGGAGCACGUCGUGUCGUUCUUCGACAGUCAGGUAGGCGAUGAUGGUGACGUGCCUAACCUGGCACCGUAA